AUGGCCAGCCCGAAGCAGUGCCGGCCCAAGUCGGCCCCGUGCCGCUCGCGGUCGCCGCCGGAGCAGCCGCUGCGGGUGAAGGUGGUGGGGCUCUUCAAAAGCUCCAGCUUUCAGGUGGCCAAGAGCGCGGCUGAGGCUUUGAAGACUAAUUAUCCAUCCAAAUUUGAAGAUCCUAUAAUAGUUCCUCUUCAAGAAUUUGCAUGGGAUCAAUAUCUACAGGAGAAAAAAAGGGAACUCAAGAAUGAAAUCUGGGAAUAUUCUUCCUAUGUGAUGUGUUUUGUUAAUGAUCAGCUCCUGGGUGAUGCAUUUGAUCUUCAGAAAUGGGCUCAGAAGAUGUGGGAUAUAGUUGAUUUUAAGCCCCCAGAACUUUAUGAGGCACUUACUGUGGAUUAUGCUGCUAAAUUCUUAACAGACACCAAGCAUGCUUUUGUGUUCUUGGACAUUUCUAUUGAUUUUUAUCCAAUUGGAAGACUGGUUUUUGAGCUCUACUGUGAUGCAUGUCCCAAAACAUGUAGAAACUUUCAAGUCUUGUGCACAGGAAAAGCAGAGUUUUCUCAAAGUGGAAUCAGGCUACAUUACGUAGGUUCAAUUUUUCACCGAGUAGUGCCGAAUGGUUGGAUACAAGGAGGAGAUAUAGUAGAAGGAAGAGGAGAUGAUGGAGAGUCGAUUUACGGACCAACGUUUGAAGAUGAAAACUUUUCAAUUCCUCAUAAUAAAAGGGGAGUUCUUGGAAUGGCCAACAAAGGCCGUCACACCAAUGGGUCACAAUUCUACGUCACACUACAGCCAGCACCCUAUCUAGAUAGAAAAUAUGUGGCUUUUGGGCAAUUGAUUGAAGGAACAGAAGUUCUUCAAAAAUUGGAAUUGGUUCCAACAGAGAAUGAAAGACCAAUACAACGAUGCGUAAUUAUUGACAGUGGAGAUCUUUAUGCCUGAUUUUCAUAUCAGUAUUCUCUGACAACUUAUGCAUCUGAUCAGCUGUUUCUAUAUUUAAUUAAAUAGUGCUUGAUAAAAUUUAAUUUGAAAGCUGUACAGAUGCUGUAGGUUGGCCCUCCAAACACCCAAUCCCUCCCCAUUUUCCUUUCUUGUCUCUGCCACAGACUAUAAAAGCAAAACACUUAAUUUCCCACCCUCCUUUGCAGCCAGUAAUGGCCAUGGAAUACCAUCUCGCCAGUGAGACAAGUAGAAUGCCAGUGAUCCUGCCCCUUCCCCUCAACCAGCCUUGAAUGCAGACAGGCCAGAGCUGUGAAGGAAAGGCCAAGAGAACUGGAGAUGUCAGCCCCAACUCUUGGGCUGAACGACCAAUGCCAGCAAGUACCUAUCUCUGGCUUCUUACUGUAAGACAAAUAGACUCCUGCUUGUUGACGUUACUAUUGGCUCAUUAUUUUGCUACUUGUAGACUAAAACAUUCUUAGCAGCAGGAACUAAUGGCCUUCCAAUCCUACAGCACUUGGAGCGGAAUUAUGUUGUCUGUGAAUUACAUUUUUGCCCUAAGAAAGUUGGUAAAUAAAAUAAUAGAAAUAGAAAAAAUAGAAUAGAACAAAUAGAAAAAUAGAACAAAUAGAAAAAAGAGGCAAUAAAAAAAUUCACUGUAAUAUUUCAUAGUUUACAUGCAGCAUUCAGAAAAAGGCAUCUAUCUGACAUGAAAAGAAUGCUUAUCUCUGAGCCACACCAACCAUAUGAAAACCAAAGGCUUGGGUUAAGCAGCCCAACACAAAUCAGCCCUGUGGUCAUUGACUCCAGAGAUGUUAUUGGGAUCCUGCUUCAUCAGCUGUUCCUUAAUCUGAGAUUCUUAAAUCCAUCACCAGGGGAGCUUUUAAAACACAGACUGCAGGACCCUGCCCUUGAUCUACCGAGUCAGAGUCUCGAAGUGUGGGAAAGGGAUUCUGUUCAUUCAUUUAGCUCAACCUAGAGGAUCCUGUUUGGCCAGCUGGGCACAGUCAUUUAGAAAUCACGGCAAGACGUAAGUGACUAGUUUCAGCCCCCUCUUUGUAGUUAGUGAAAUGAGUGACUCUGUUGGUGGUGACCUUGCUCAGCUGCCUCCACCACUGCUGCCAUUGCAUUCAUACUAUGCCCAAAGCCAUUAAGAUUUUGGGUUUUUCUUGCCCUUUGCAGAAGGUCGGUCUUCCAAGAAUGAUCUCUUAAGCAGACAGGCCUCUAAUUGAUUUGGAAGUUGCCAAAAGGAGGCAUAUGCUUUCUUUGACUUUUCAUUUUGAAAGGAUUAUAAAUUUACAGGAAGUUGCAAAAAUAGUACAGAGCAGUCCUGUGUGCUGAUCAUCUAGGUUCUCCAAUGGACAUAUCUUACACAACAACUAUUGUACAAUAUAUAAACCAGGAAGUGACAUCAGUACUGUGUGUGUUAUCAUUUUAUCAUGUGUAGAUUCAUGUGACUGAUACUGCAGUCAAGUCACACAAGUUUUCAAAAAGACCUCCCUUGGGCUACCACUUUAUAGUUACACCUACUCCCCUGCUCUCCACCAUCCAUCUCUAACUCCUGACAACCGAAAUGGGAUUUUUUGUUUUUGUUGUUAAAUCACAACUUUAUUGCUAUUUGGUAUAUGCCUUUAUAGUAAGAUUGGAGGUGGAUGGGGAGAAAGCAUACUGCCUAUGUCACAUUCUCAAGUGACCCUGAGGCAGCAGAGUGUUAAGAAUGUGUGUUCUGGAGCCAGACGGCCUUGGUUUGAAUCCUAGCCCUGCCAUUCCCUAGAUGCAUGCAUUUAGGCAAGAAUUCCCUGUGCCUCUAUUUCAAAUCUUCAUGUCAAAGCAUAGCACCUACCAAACAGAGUUGUUGUGAGGGUCCAAGGAAUCAAUAAUUUAUAUGCAGGAUCUAGAACAGAACCUUUUUGUGCUAUAUGUGCUCAUUAAAUGUAUGCUUAAUAAAUUACUGGUAUACCUUCAGGA